AUGGCACCCAGUUUCUUUGGUGGGCCAGGAAGUUCCAGCCAUGCGAAAUACUUUGAUAUCAGACUGGACGAACCAUACGUCGUGUUCCGUGGCAAUGAAGAGGAAUCGGCGAGUGCGCAUCUCAAGGGCACUCUGGUGCUGUGUCUCUCAGAGCCAUUGACCAUCAAACACCUCAGGCUACACUUGACCGGCAUGUCGAGGAUCAGUGCUUGCAGCUGGCCGUUCCUGAUUGGCGCCGUACCCGGAGGGAAGAAGCACGGCAAGGAACGAACGUUCUUCGAGAAGACGUGGAAGUUCAGAGAUGCCGGCAAGGGCAAGACUGAAAUCAUGCCCGCAGACAAUUACGAAUUCCCCUUUGACAUUGUCCUGCCUGGGUCGCUGCCAGAGAGUAUCGAAGGACUGCCGGACACCUGGAUCGUCUAUCGCUUCAAGGCUGAGAUUGGACGAAAAUACACCAAGGACAUUCAGAUCAGGAAGCCUUUAAGGAUUAUCCGGACUCUGGGACCCAGUGCUUUGGAACUAUCACAUGUUAUGUCGGUUGAAAAUAUCUGGCCGAACAAGCUGGAAUACUCCAUUUCUACACCCAGCAAGGCCGUCGUCUUUGGGACAUCUGCCCGGGUCAACUUUCGUCUCGUUCCCCUUCUCAAGGGCCUCAAGAUCGGGACGAUCACCACCCAAUUUAUCGAGAGCUACGACGUCAUGAGCUGCCGCGAUGACUCGCAACUGCAGCCAACGUCUCACAAAUCUAUCAGGGUAGUCGCGGCAGACCACUUCCGUCUCGGCCCUGAAGAGGAGCGCCAGUUCCUCGAAGAGGAGGGAGAGGGCUAUGUGUUUUCGCGGGUUCUGGAGCUGCCUAAGAAGCUCUGCAAAUGUAUCCAGGAUACCGAUACCAAGGGCAUCAAGAUCCGGCAUAAGCUGAAAUUCAAGAUUCAGCUGCACAACCCAGACGGACAUACAUCUGAGGUAUUCAGCGUGGCACCCCCUGUUCCGCCUUUACGAGCGACUCUGCCGGUGUUCAUUUUCCUUUCACCGAACCUACCAUUAGACGACAAUAACAACCUCGUCGACCAGUCACCGACUUCGCCGCAGGUCGCUGAGUUCUGCAUGGCCCAGCAGGCACCGCCCCUGUAUGGAGAUCACCAGUUUGACAUGCUAUACAGUGAACUUGACCCUCACGGCUACCGCACCCCUGGGAUGUACAGUGGAGUCGCAACGCCAUUGUACGGCUCGAUCAGUCGGAAUCUGUCAGCCGAGAACUUGUCUUCCCUCGCCACCCUGGGGGCUGGGGGAGACGUAUCGGCCAGCAUACUACACAACCGCCUGGUGAACCUACACAUCGACCGCUCGUCACUCCGCUCUCCAGGGACACCGCCACCUGAACUCUCCCAUCAUGACCCUCAUGACAACCGACGCUCCAUAACAUUCCCUGUAACAUCCUUUACCGCCGCCACUACAACACCAGAAAUGUCUCGACGAACUUCCGAGGAAGAACACCUUCCUUUAGAAACAAUGACUCCGCACUACCUUCGACCAAACGACAUCGAAGAUCUCUCCCGCGUGCCUAGCUACUCGACUGCUGUCCGGUCCUGUGCCAUGUCUGCGGCCAACAACGGUCUUCCCAAUUAUGAAGCGGCCACCGCAGGUGACAUAUCGCCGCCUCGGGAACGGACCCCUUCACCUCCUAGGCACUCGACCAGUGCAUUCAACCGCCUGUCCGCUACCUUCGUAGACGCUCUCCCCCAGUUUUCCAUCCAUAGACACAGCAUCGGCCACGACCACGACUCCGAGCGUCGGGUACGCAUUCUCCAAGCACGAUCGACAUAG